UUACCCGAGCGGUCAUCAUUUAAUCUGAUCUGCAGCUCACAGUGAAGAAAAUCAAUACAAAAAGAUAUGACACAGACACACCAGCAUCUUCUCGUUUCUUUCUUGCCUCCACCAAUGUGAGGCUCUGGUUUACCCCACACAUAAAAUGGCCACUAUUCUACUUCCUUACAGAAGACAACCAUGAAACAUGAUGAAUAACUCAGAACAUGAAGACCACCACCACCUUCAUAUCCUCAAGGCUGUGGCUCAGGCAUGGCAUUCUCACUCUUGCAGCUCUAGGCCUACCAAUGAAUAUGAUGCCCACCGCCAAAAUUUCCAUCCCAAGCCCUCUCGAUUCAAGCUAGAAGCAAUGAACAAGUCUUUGACCAGGAGGGUUGCAACUGGAAACUGGGAUUUCAAGCAAUCACUUCUGGAUUCCUAUGAGAUUGUGACCAUGGCCAAAAUACUGGAGAGAGGGCUAGUGUUGGAUGACCCAUUAUUUGGGUCGGAUGAUCAAAUUCGAGUCCGUAGGAGGCGAAAGGAAAAUAACCCUGGAGUUGGCUUUUGCAAAUUCAAUUACUCAGGGAAAAUAAUUAUAUUGAAUCAGGAAAUGACGUGCAAGUUAUUUUGGCCACUAUUGAAAUCUAUCGGUCCAAGAUCCUAAAUGCAAGAUUUUUCCAGGUCUGCUCCCACAGAAUAGACAAAAUAUAUGUCAUGCUCCAUCUGGAGCAGCUUGUCAAGGAACCACUCAACCUAAAAGGUUAGGCUUGUAAUUGAGGACUCCAAGAAUAGUUCUAUAUUUUUCUAUUACAGCUAACCAAGUGUACAAGUGAAAAUGGAGCCUCUAAGGUUGUAACAUAAUAUGAAUGCUCCUGUCUCGUGUUCUUCUUACAGUUACAACGUCAUUCCUUAUUUCCUUCAGCAAUAGAACUGAGCCAAUAGGGCAUAAUUAAUUAA